AUGCGUCUGUUGAGACGGCCUAAUCUCCCAUCGGGCGCGUCUUGGACAGAAAAGGGCCUGCCGCUCUUCGGCUCGUUCGACUUCUUCCUCAAAAGAGCCGACUUCCUACGAGAGGGCUCCAAGAAGAGCCCCAACGGCCACUUUAACUUUUACUAUGGCUCGUACCCCAUCGUUGCUCUCUCUGGAGAGGCCGCUCGUGCUUCCUACUUCACCACUCGUGGCUUGGAUCUGAAUGCUGGAUUCAGGAAGCUCUUCUCUGCCGGCCCCGACAUCGACCACAUGCUCGGCCGCAACCUCGGCGCCUACUUCAUCGUCCUCUUCAAGCGCCUCACCUCAAAGGAGCACCUCGCCAGCUGCCUCCCCCGCCUCAUCAACGACGCCGAGGCCGCCUACUCCGCAAUCGACACCUCCGUCGCCCCCAUGGACCCCUUCGUCGUCCUCUGGAACGUCCUCUACAAGAUGACCCACCGCACCGUCGGCUGCACCGAAGUCGCAGAGGAUCCCGCCCUCCAGGAGCAGACGAUCCGGUACUAUGAGAAGCUGGACAAGACGUCCGCCCUGCAGGUCAUGUUCCCCUGGCUGCCGACGCCGACGAGGUUGUACAAGCUCUGGGCGGGCGCGAAGCUGCACAUGUUGUUUGCGGACAUUAUCAAGGAUAGGAGGAGGACGGGGAGGAAAGCGCAGGAUACGAUGCAGAUUCUCAUGGACAAGGGGGAGAGCGACUUGUUGACUUCGGCUUUCAUCAUCGGCGCGUUAUUCGCGGGCUUGAUCAACACUGCAGUCCAAGCAGCCUGGAUCCUCUGCUAUCUCGCCUACGAUCCCAUCUGGUACGCAAAGGUCAGAGAGGAAGUCGACUCCGUUGUUGCCAAAUACCGGACAUCGGAAGAGCAGACACCAGUAGAUGUCCUCCGAGGUCUUUCUCUCGAGGCUUGGGAGUCCGAGUUCCCCUGCAUUGAUUUGGGUGUCCGGGAUAGCAUCCGAUUGAACCUCAUGGGAGCCUCGAUUCGCCAGAAUACGUCGGGGAAGGACAUAGAGAUUGGCGAUACUGGCGUUGUCGUUCCGAAAGAUGCUUUUGCGGUCUACAGUGUGGCGGACAUACACAUGGACGAGGCCGUCUACCGAGAUCCCCUGAAAUGGGAUCCGGCGCGAUAUCUUCCAGAUAGAGCAGAAGACAAGAAGAAACAGCAUGGAUAUAUCGGCUGGGGAACCGGACUGCACCCAUGUUUGGGCAUGAGGAUUGCGAAACUUGAACUCUUUGUUUCGACGGCCAUCUUCUUUGCCAUGUUCGACUUCAAAGUGGUAGACAAGAACGGCAACCCGACGACCAAGCCACUGCCUCGUUAUAACCAAAAUGCUCUAUCGGCCAAACGCAUGGUUGAUACCGUCUUCUUCAAAUGCGAGCGCAGAUUCUAG